AUGCCUGGUGCUCCCCCGACAGGCACUCCAACCAGCAUGUCAUUCCCGCCAGCUCCCACAGCCCCCGGCCCCAUUGGUACGGCUACCGGUUCCGGCACCGGCUACCCCUACCCAACCUACAUGUCCAACAAGCGCGAAGCCGAAGCAUUGGCUCGGGAGAAGCGUGAUGCUUUCGAAGGUCCUCGCCAGGGCCACUUCCCACACUACUGGCCUGCGCCAUCUCCCUCUUCUGGUGGCCCAAUGCCGACAGCUGGCCCGACAGGUACUGGCACAGCCGGACCAUUCCCGACUGCGACCGGAAGCUACCCUGGGUAG